UUAGUGUGGACUGUGGAGAGAGUGAGUGAGAGCCGGAUCUAUCCGUCGCCAUUACUGACUGGAAUGAGAGGGGAGGGGAUGGCUCUCCGAUUGCACGCAUACCACUCUUACUGCUAAAAGACUGAAAACAACCACUUUCGGGAAAAUUUGCCGAUUAUUCCAACCACCCACGGGAAACACAACAAAACUGGGAUUUGUUUCGGAAUAGCAUCCGUUGAAAUUAAAGAAAAUAGUUGGAAUGCCACCUCCUAUCUGUGGUGUCGGGAGCUGGGAGCGACCAUGUUAGGUAGGUGAAAGGAGGGGAAAGAGCAGUCGUGUGGGACAGAUGAUCCAGAUUAAAGCUACAUCGGCUCAUUCAAAGUGAGACAUGGAAAUGUGCCUGCACUAGCAAAUGGAAGUACAUGCUUGCCUUGCCGGCAUACUUUGCUUAGUGUAACAAGCAAUGAGAGGGGCAAUAUAAUGGCCAAGAAUAAGGAGCCCCGUCCGACAUACGCUGUCAGUGUCGUUGGGCUCUCAGGCACUGAGAAAGAGAAGGGCAACUGUGGUGUAGGUAAAUCCUGCCUAUGCAACAGAUAUGUACACCCCAGUGCGGACUGCUACUACUCAGAGCACACUUCUGUGUUGAGCACAAUUGACUUUGGAGGGCGUGUGGUGAAUAACGAUCACUUCUUAUACUGGGGUGAAGUAUUACAUCGAGGGGAUGAUGGCCUUGAGUGUAGAAUCCAGGUCAUCGAGCAGACUGAGUUCAUCGAUGACCAGACCUUCUUGCCUCAUCGGAGCACAAAUCUGCAGCCUUACUCAAAACGGGCUGCAAAUACGAAGCUUCAGUCUGCUGAGAAGCUGAUGUACAUUUGCACAGACCAGCUUGGGUUGGAGCAGGAUUUUGAUCAGAAGCAGAUGCCUGAUGGCAAGCUCAACAUCGAUGGCUUUGUAUUGUGUAUCGAUAUAAGCAAAGGAUGCAAUAGAAAAUUCGAUGACCAGAUGAAAUUUGUCCACAGUCUUUAUUCUCAAAUUUCCAAGGCGAAAAAACCCGUAAUCAUUGCUGCAACGAAAUGUGACGAAUGUGUGGAGCAAUAUCUGAGGGAGGUUCAGACGUUUGUUACAGGUAAAAAGAAUCUAAUGUUGGUGGAAACAUCAGCUCGAUCAUCUGUGAACGUGGAACUUUGUUUCAAUGCUCUGACACAGCAGAUGGACAAAACCCGAGGUAAACCCAAAAUCAUCUCUUAUUUGGAAGCAUACAAAUCCCAGAGACAAUUAGUAGCUUCUGUCUCAGACAAGUUUGAAAAGCUCAUUGUUCAAACUGUCCGAGAUUAUCACACAAGCUGGAAAAUUGUCAGCAAUAAGUUGAAAAGCCACCCAGACUAUGAAGAGUACAUCAACUUAGAAGGCACCAGAAAGGCCAGAAACAUCUUUUCAAAGCACAUAGGACAGCUGAGACAAGAGCAUAUCAAGAGGCGGCGUGAGGAUUAUCUUACCAGUCUGCCAAAAAUUCUUAAUAAGUUGCUUAACAACCUGGAGGAAAUUGAGACGCUGAGUUGGACUGAGGCUCAGAGCCUUAUGAAGAGCAGGCCUGAGUUUCAGUACUGUUUCAUUGAGUUAGAACAAACGCCAUGGUAUGAGACCGACCACCUCGAUAAAACUGACGACAGAAGAGUGCCCUUCGAUAUCCUCAAAACCAUGGAAGGAGAGAGGAUUUAUCAAAACCACGUCCAGCAUUUGAUAUCUGAGAAGAGGCGGUUGGAGAUGAAGGAGAAAUUCAAGAAGACGCUGGAGCGAGUGCAUUUCAUUAGCCCCGGCCAACCGUGGGAAGAGGUCAUGUGCUUUGUCAUGGAGGAUGAGGGGUACAAGUACAUCACUGAAUCAGAUCGCAGGGAUGUUUACAGUCGGCAUCAGCAGGAAAUAGUUGAAAGGGCCAAAGAGGAGUUUCAGGAAAUGCUUUUUGAGCACGCAGAGCUGUUCUAUGACCUCGAUUUGAAUGCGACCCCAAGCUGUGACAAAAUGAGUGAGAUUCAUGCCGUACUUAACGAGGAACCUAGAUACAGAGCUCUCCAGAAACUCGCCACAGACAGGGAGUCACUUUUACUGAAACACAUCGGGUUUGUCUAUCACCCCACAAAAGAAACAUGCCUCAGCGGCACGGCUUGCAUCGAUCUCAAAGUCGAGCAAAUCCUCGCCAACAGGCUAGUUCAGCUGGAUCAUGGCCGCUCUAAUAUCUACUACAACAGUGCCAACAUUGAAAAGGUUAACCUGUGUCUCGUAGGCAGAGAAGGAUUGGCGCAGGAGCUCGCAAAUGAAAUCCGAGCUCAGUCCACUGAUGAUGAAUACACCCUUGAUGGGAAAAUCUAUGAAUUAGACCUUUUGCCUGUGGAUGUCAAUUCUGGCAUGCUUUUGAACCAUUCCUGGAUAUCGACUUUCAAGCCCCAUGGGUUCUUUUGUGUCUUCAGCUCUAUAGAGUCGCUUAAUUACAUUGGUGACCGCAUAAGCCGGAUACGAGCUGAGAUUGCCCAGAGCAGAAGGGAUAGGUAUAGCCAGCCAGUGCCAUUCAUUCUCAUUUUAGCAAAUCAGCGCGACAGUAUUUGCAAAAACAUGCCUAUUUUAAGGCAUCAGGGCCAACAGCUUGCAAAUAAGUUACAGUGUACUUUUGUAGAUAUACCCACCGGCACUUUUCCCAGGAAGUUUAAUGAGUCUCAGAUAAAACAGGCCCUCAGAGCUGUGUUGGAGGGAUUGAAGCACAAUUUCGACAUGAUGAACCCCAUGCCCUCAAUUAAAGAUCUGUCUGAGACAGAUUUGCGGAUAGUCAUGUGUGCCAUGUGUGGAGAUCCAUUUAGCGUGGAUCUCAUUCUCUCACCGUUCCUGGACUCACAUUCCUGCAGCGCCGGACAGCCCGGGCAGUGCAACACGUUGAUCCUUGACAAAAUCAUCGGCAACAGUCGCAGACGCAUACAGGUCACUGUGCUCUCCUACCACUCCUCCAUUGGAAUCAGAAAGGACGAAUUGGUGCAUGGUUACAUUCUUGUUUACUCAGCAAAACGAAAGUCUUCCAUGGCUAUGCUGAGGGCGUUCCUGGCUGAAGUCCAGGAUGUCAUUCCAGUUCAAAUGGUGGCCAUUACGGACAGCCAAGCAGACUUCUUUGAGAAUGAUGCGAUAAAAGAGCUGAUGACUGAAGGGGAGCACAUUGCCACGGAAAUUACUGCUAAGUUUACCGCUCUCUACUCGUUGUCCCAGUAUCACAGGCAGACAGAAGUUUUCACGCCAUUUUUCAAUGAAGUCCUCGAGAAGAAGAGCAACAUCGAAAGCUCCUUCAUGUUCGACAACAGCAGGGACGGAACAGGCACCGGUGAAGAUGUCUUCCCGCAGUCACCUCAUAGCCAUUCGCCUGCAUACCAAUACUACCCUGACUCCGAGGAUGAUGGGGAGGGACCGCCACCUUACAGCCCGAUAGGCGAUGAUGUGCAGCUGCUGCCUAAUCCUAGUGAACGGAAGUACAGAAUUGACCUAGAAGGAAACGAGUACCCGGUUCACAGCACACCUCUUGGUGAUCACGAGCGUAACCACAAAGUGCCUCCCCCAGUAAAACCUAAGCCUAAUGUGUUGCCCAAACCCAAUGUUAAGAAGCUGGACCCCAACCUUCUGAGGACCAUUGAGGCUGGAAUGAGGAACUCCAGGAGGACGCGAAGUCCAAUGAUGGGUCACGGUGAUGACCUUGAAGCAUCCGACAACUAUGCAGAGCCGGCCGACACUCUUCUCAAAUUCAAAGGCUUUAGUGAUGACAUAUAUGCAGUACCGGAAGACGCGCACAGUAGAUCUGGCAAGAUCCGCAACUCGUUUGGUGGACUCGCUCUGCAUGGGGAUGAGGAGAACGGCUUUGACUCCAUGUCUAAAUCUCAGGGUGGCAGAAGACCUUCUAAGUAUAAACAUCGUUCUAAGAUCCUCUUCAGCAAGACAAAAGCUUAUCAAAGACGAGUGCACUCAGAUGUCAGUGACGAUGAGUCGGGGCCUGCAACGCAGAAGAAGAAGAAAGGAAGGGGUAACCGAGGAAGUGAAGAAGAUCCCCUUCUCUCACCAGUGGAUCCUUGGAAAGGAGGGAUAGACAAUCCAGCCAUCACAUCUGACCCAGAGCAGGAUGAUAAGAAAACGAAGAAAAAGAAAGCACCAAAGAUCAAGGAACCCAAAAAGGCAAAGACAAUAAAGACCACAAAGCCAUUGUACCCACCAACUCGUAGAAAUUGGGAGAGCAACUAUUUUGGGGUGCCUCUUCAGAACUUGGUCACUCCUGAUAGGCCCAUACCUUUGUUUAUUGAGAAGUGUGUUGACUACAUUGAGCGAACUGGUCUCACCACAGAGGGCCUUUAUCGAGUGAGUGGAAACAAGACGGAUCAAGACAACAUUCAGAAACAAUUCGACCAGGACCACAGCGUUGACCUGAUAGUGAUGGAUGUAGCCGUGAACGCUGUGGCUGGGGCCCUAAAGGCCUUCUUUGCCGACCUCCCUGACCCCCUCAUACCGUACUCUCUCCAUCCAGAGCUGGUGGAAGCAGCCAAAAUCGUAGAUCAUUACGAAAGACUGCAGGUGCUUAAGGAAAUCGUGAGAAAAUUUCCUCCUGUGAACUAUGAAGUUUUCAAAUACGUCAUCACUCACCUCAACAGGGUAAGUCAGCAAAGUAAGACCACGUUGAUGACGGCCGACAAUCUCUCCAUCUGUUUCUGGCCUACGCUCAUGAGGCCUGAUUUUGAGAACAAGGAUACGCUUUCCACCACCAAACUCAACCAGUCCGUCAUCGAGUCCUUCAUCCAGCAGUGCCAGUAUUUCUUCUAUGGUGGUGACAUCACAGAGCCCUCCAGCGCUGAGGGGACUCCUCCUCCACACGGUCACGGUUUGGAGUCUCUGAUGGCCCUGCAACUCCCUCCUCCCCUCCAACCACAGCAGAUCCAGCACCCGCUGCCCCCCGAACCCCUCAUAUAGACCCCCAGCUCACAUUCGGCUGCGUGGAAGCCUCCUAAAAUAAGAAGUGAAAAAUUACUCUUUUUUUUUUUUUUUU